CCGGGUCGGAAGGCCCCGCUGAUCCAUCAGCUGCGCCCGGCGGCCCCCCAAAAGGAGCGAUUGGAUGAGGCUCGGCUGGGACGGGUGAGGCUGGAUCGAGGCUGAAGGCUAACGCCCAUCGGGUUUUGCUGCAGGGUAAUGCCCGAGGUGCCCCAGAACAUGCAGGAGGAUAUACAGCGCUUGGAACUCGAAGCUCGCGACGCCGACCCCAGACGAGACGGUAGCGCGACAACGCAGAGCUACGAAGGCGGACAAUCCAAGUCCUUUAAACCCUUCCAGACCAGCGCAUUCGACUACGCAGCCAUGGACGCCCCUUCGUUCUCCCCGUUCCCCAAGGUCAAGGGCGAAAACAUCCCGCCCAGCGACGAAGAGAAGGAGCAGAUCCUAUGGCAGGCCCGCAAUCUGGUUCUCCACUCCAACAAUGUGUCGAUGCAGGUGACGUGGGCCCGCGACGCCCUCAUAUGGGUUGAGAUCGCCCAGGAUGCGCACGCCAGGGAAUGGAAAAAGGAGGGCAAGGGCAGAGAGAGGCCGCCGACGCCCAAGACGGAGCACGAAUUGCGCGUCGACGCUGUCAACAUUAUCGACUAUCUAGCGCAGCAGGACCAUCCUGAGGCAACCUUCAUGAAGGGGAAAUGGCUCGAGUUUGGCAAGUUUGGUUUCCGGGAAAAUAAGAGGGAGGCAUAUUCGCUCUACAAAAAGGCGGCCGAAAACGGCUUCGGACGGGCCGAGUACCGAAUGGGCAUGCUCUACGAGAACUCAAACGACAUCCCGAAUGCCAUCAAGCACUACAAGCUUGGUGUGGACCUCGGUGAUUCGGCGUCCAACUAUCGGCUGGGAAUGAUGCAUCUCAUGGGCCAGCACGGACAUCAGAGGGAUUUCCUGCUCGGGCUCGAAAUGAUUCAGCACGCUGCAGACACGGCCGACGAGGACGCCCCUCAAGGGGCCUACGUCUACGGCAUGCUCAUCGCACGAGAGCUUCCCGACAUCACCAUCCCCGAACGGAUACUUCCCUAUGAUGUCGCAGUUGCGCGCCAAUACAUUGAGAAGGCAGCGUACUUAUGCUUCGCCAAGGCACAGCUGAAAAUGGGCCAGGCCUACGAGCUCAGCCAGCUCGGGUGCGACUUCAACCCCGCAUACUCUCUCCAUUAUUAUGGCCUUGCCGCUCGCCAGGGCCAACCUGAAGCGGCGCUGGGCGUUAGUCGGUGGUUCCUCUUUGGUUACGAGGAUCUCUUUCCCAAGAACGAGCAGUUGGCGUUCAAAUACGCCCAAGAAGCUGCGCAGUCGGGACUGGCCACUGGCGAGUUUGCCAUGGGCUACUACCACGAAAUCGGCAUCCACGUCCAGAAGGACGUUAGAGAGGCACGGAAGUGGUACGAAUUGGCAGCCGAGCACGGAAACAAGGACGCACAGGACAGACUCGAAUCCCUUAGCCAGUCUAAGACUCUGACCAAGCAGGAUCACGAGACGACGACCCUCACACGUAUCAAGUCACAGCACGGAUCUCAGCGCGGCAAGCGGCCAGAGCGAUUUGCGCGGCAGAACGAUGUCCUGCCGACGCUGAGCGAAGGCGGAAUCGAUUUCCCCGACCCGUCGCCAAGGCCACCGGCCUUCACAAUGAAUAUCGAGCACAGUGACCUCACGGUUCGACCUAAAUCAGCCGCCCCGUAUCCCAUCGAUGACAACCCGCCGCCGCUCACCCUCAGGCCAAAGUCCACCGCGCCAUACCCCGAAGACGACAUGCGUGGCCCGCACCUGAAUCCCGCAGUACGCAGCUCCAUGGCUGCCGGCCCGCACGCGGAUCGUCCUGGAAGCGCCUUUGGCAUCCGUCCCCUGUCCCCCAGCAACGCAAUGCAAAACGCUGCCAGCCGCGGCCGCCCAGUGUCAAGUCAACCCGCACCAGGUGGCUGGGAACCGCAGGUGCCAUCGGGCUACAGGCAACCCAGCCCCGCGCGGACGGGCCAGUGGCAGCAGCAGCCGCCGCCGCCGCCGCACGACGCGCGAUAUGGUGGGCCGAAACCCGGUCCCGGCCCCGGCCCCGGCAUCACCCACGCCGGCACCAUGCCCGUGGGCGACCCCACCCGCGCCCGCCUGCAGAAACCAAACCCUAACUUCCAGCCUGCCCCACAGGGGCCACCCGGUCAGUACGCUUUGAGUGGCGCCCAGCCCGGCUACCCGGGAGGCAGUCCCAGCGGCCGUCCUGCGCCCGUACCCCGGCCAGUCAGCGAUUACGGUCACGGAGCCGGCGGGGGAGGCGGAGGAGGAGGAUAUGACAGGUACGGCGCUGUCCCGCCCGCCGCUGGCGCCAGGAUAGCCGCGCCUGCGGGGAGUGCUCCGAAUCUCAGACCGCCUGUUGGUGGUGGUGGUGGUGGUGGGCCAGGCCGGCCGCUCCCGCAUGUGGUUGACAGCGGCGGGCCGGGCCGGGCCAGCGCGCCGCCUGUGGCGCAGAAUGCCGCCCGGCCUAGUCCUGGGCCUGCACCGGGCCAGCAGCAGCAACGGCCCGGUGGUGGUAAUCCUGCGAGUCAUGGUGCUGGUGGUGGCGGUGGGAGACCGCCACCGUCGUCUGCGGAUCUGAAACAUCCCGAUGGGAAGACUAUGGGUCAGGGGCCGGCUACCUUCGAGGAGAUGGGGAUUCCGCAGGGGAAGACUGAUAGCGAUUGCGUUGUCAUGUGAGGCUCUCUAGCAAAGGCUAGCUCAUGCGAAGUUGCGAGGCAAAACCAAACGAUUUCCAUGGACCGGAGUCAAGGCAGGUUAGGUACCUUGGUGGACUCAGCCCGUUACACUGCACCUUCUACUACCAGCUUCUCUAGCCACCUGAGUGGAAAAAAACCACUAGGCGGUGUGCAGCACUCUAUGGGACUUGGCUUGCUCUUUCGGAGUACUACACGCCGUGCCUUCUACGAACCCUGCCUCCUCUCACCGGCCCAUCUCAGUUCUGCUCCGAAUCAUCUGGAGGCGUGGGGAGGAAUUCAAUGGGAUGGACAGAACGGGGUGGGGCACGAUAUGACGGAAUGGGCUGGAA